CAGGGAUCUUUAGCAUAUGUUCCUCAAGAAGCCUGGAUCCAAAAUGCUACUGUUCUUGACAAUAUUAUAUUUGGCAAUGGUUUAGACUAUACAAAGUAUAACAAAACAAUUGAUGCUUGUGCACUACGUUCUGAUCUUGACAUACUACCAGGUGGUGAAAAAACAGAGAUUGGAGAAAAA